UUCUUGUGUUUUUUUUUGCAGUUAAAAUGUAAUUACGGCUAGUGUAUAGAAUUUAAACAUUAGAGAAUCCAGAUAUGGAUACGAUACCAACUUCUAAAGAAGGAGAAUACAGUUUUCUGUGCUGGAAGCCGGCGUUUUUGAAAUGCUGCAACAACGCCAAAUGUUUUCUCUUUGUUUAUUCUCUAUUCUCUAUGGUUGCAGGCACGAUGAUUGGUGGAAUAACAAACACAAAUAUUUCUACGCUUGAGCGACGUUUCGGGUUGAGUAGCUCGCAGUCAGCUUUGGUUGUUGUUGCUUACGAUGCAGCAUUUUGUGUUCUCACCGUGUUUGUGACGUAUUUCGGAGCCACUUCAAACCGACCGAGGAUAGUUGGAUUCGGAAGCGCGAUAUUCGGACUCGGAGCGUUGGUAUACGCUCUUCCACAUUUCAUUUCUCCAUUGUAUGAGUUUGGUGAUGCCUCUCUCUCCAAUUCUUGUGACCCAUCAUCCACCACGUCCAGCUGUGCUACACCUUCUGUUGAUCUGAAUAAGUUCAUGUUCGUACUUCUAGUGGGCCAACUUCUUCUCGGUUGCGGGACAACCCCGCUCUACACUCUAGGAUUUACAUACAUUGAAGACAGCGUGCCAAAAAACUCGGCUCCAGUUUACUUAGGGUUGGCAAACGCGGCAGCACUCUUUGGUCCUGCUAUCGGAUUUUCCUGUGGCGGAUAUAUCUUGAAUAGUUAUUACGUGGAUAUUGUACAGUUGAGUAACAGCACAACUUUAACUUCAACUGAUCCACGUUGGGUUGGAGCUUGGUGGAUUGGGCCGAUGGUUAUCAUGAUUGCAUCGUGGAUAAUUGUUCUCCCAUUAAUGGGGUUUCCGAAGCAACUACCAGGAACCGCUAAAAACAGGGCUGAACGCAAAUCAGAAGUCCACAGUAGCACAAAUGACAAUCAUGAACCAGAAGAGCUCGAAAACUCAUUAAAAAACUUCCCAACCACUGUUUGGAAACUUUUGAAAAACCCAGUGUUUUGUAUGUUGACCGUGGCUGGAUGCUCAACCGGCCUAACUGUCAGCGGAUCGUCCUCCUUUAUGGCGAAGUUCAUUCAAAAUGAGUUCCACAAAUCUGCCGGGACGUCGGCCAUGUUAGCAGGUGCUAUCUUGGUACCAGCGGCAGUAGCUGGUCACUUAGCCGGCGGUGGUCUGAUCACUCGUUUCAAGAUGGAGACUCCUGCUAUUUUAAAGUUAUGUGCCGUAUCUUCGUUUCUUGUAGCGUGCGCUUCACCGCUGCUUCUACUACGUUGUGAUAACAUGCCAUUAGCUGGAACUACUGUGCCGUACCAUUAUGACGGCCUUACUGGCGGGCAAGUGCAAUCAAGAAACUUAAACUCAAGUUGUAACUCGUUGUGUAACUGCCAAGCAGAGUUUUACAGCCCUGCGUGUGACAUUGGUACUGGUGUCACCUAUUUCUCGCCCUGUCAUGGUGGUUGCAUUUUAAACGAAAGAACAACUAACUUCACUCAGAUGUACACGAAUUGCUCUUGUAUCGGUGAGAACAACACAUUGACAGAUGGUGUAUGUCCAACGUCCUGUAAUAAACUUGCUCCAUUCCUUGGCUUGGCCUUUGUAAUGGUGUUGCUGGUGUUUUUAUCCCACACACCCGCAGCUGUUGUUACACUCAGAAUCGUCCCCCCUUCCAUGCGUUCUUUCGCCGUCGGAUUGGAAUGGUUGUUUAUGCGAGCAUUAGGUACGAUUCCUGGACCGAUAAUGUACGGCAACUUCAUCGAUUCUACUUGCAUAAUAUGGCAACGGAAGUCAUGCGGGGAUGUCAGAGGGUCAUGCUGGGUGUACGAUAGUGCGGGGAUGGCUAUAACGUUCAUGGUUUUGUCUAUCGUUGGUAAUCUUGUGAGUGCGGCAUUCUACGGGUUUUCACUGUUAGUGUACAAGCCGCCAACGACAAAGAAACUGCCGGUCCUGAAUGGUCAUACAGUUGACACAAACCGGGUGUCCGAUUUACCUUUAGUAAACGGGUGUGCUGCACAAAGUAAUGGACGUCCUUCAAUGUCAGCUCAUAUUAACCAUGGUUUUGUACAUGAUGAUCCGUGAAUAUAUAAAUAGGUUGGGGUAAGAUGGGCCGUGUUAUUAUCUCUUUUAUUGUCCCGUUUGGUACCAACGAAAGUAUGUUUAGAGAACUAUGUAGCCUUAUCGCUCACGAUUGUUGUAAACCAUUAGGAAAUGUGGCAUAUUAUGCGCUUACGGUAUCCAUCUUACCCCACAGUACUAUAACAUAGUUUGCCCGAAGUGCCGCUAAAUUGCAUAAGUUUCAUUUUAUUUCAAUUAUUAUUUUUAUUAUUUUUUUUGUGACAACAUUAUAUUGUAUUUUAUUUUAUCAUACGUGGUAAAAAAGAUAGAACAAGACAAAUUCAAUUGUAGAAUUGUAUCACAAUUGCACUGCAUUGACCGUAGUCAACAUGAACGUACUAUUCAAUGGCGGAUUGUUAUUGGAAACACCAGUUAUUCCACAAUCCUGCAAGUCGCCCGUUUUAAAACGAACUUUUUACUGUAAUAUUAACAGUAGUUUCAGAUUUCACAACCAUUAAUUUAUUAAAUUUACAUUGACUGAUGAAACAAUAAUGCGCAUUAAUGUUUAAAGUACAACUUUAUAAUAAAUUUGCAAUUCUGGUUGAUGGUUCA